GCAUGUAUGUUUCCAUGUAACGAGUUUAAUUGAAGUCAAAUAGGAUAGCCACUAAUUCCAUAUUUUUAUUUCUUUUAUAUGUGAUUUCCUUUUGUAAGCUAAUAUCAUCCAACUACCAAAAGAAAACGGAUUGUUUUGGAAUUUCUGAUUUUCUCUAGAGUCCUUCCUGUUCUUGUCAUUUCUUUGUUGUUUAUGGAUCUUUUACUCUGCAUCAUGAAAGUUUCCAAGGCAUUGACGCUUACCUUUGCUGGUAUCAUAGCCGUGUCUUCUCUUGUCGUUGCUUUUUCCCCCUCCACAAGACCACCUCAUUUAAAAUCCUGGUCCAAGCGUCAAUUGAUUUUGUAUUGUGAAAGAAAUGGGUUAGAAACUUCCGGUUCUUAUUUGGAUUUACUUUCCCGUGUUGAGCAGCACCAAAAAUCGCAUACCGUUGCUGAUUAAACAAAUAUAAAAACAAAAGACGCUUUAUUAAAUCUUCCUCUAUAUGGCUUCCUUCUUGUACGACACAUGGAUUGAGGAGACAAACGCCCAGUUCUUGCUGAGACAAAAUGAUUGUCGUCCCAUCCACCCUUGUCGAAAAGCGAAAGGAAACUCGACAUAACAUCGUAUCCGCUUUCUUGUCGGAAGCAUGUGUGUAUAAUCUGCUUUUUACAAGACAGCUGGGUUGCUUGGCAUGUCGAAUGUUUUCUAUCUUUAUUCAGCAUCUCCCUUCCUUCAUCCGUGGGAGGAUGGAUUUAAACGUAAAGAUACAUGCCUUAUUUUUCGUUUUUUUACUGUAGAUGGAAAAUUUGUCCUUCCAUAGAAUAGUAGUAUGUUAAAAUGAGAUUUUCUAUUGAACAGUAACCCAG